AUGGGCACAGGGCUCCAGGGUGGCCCCAUCCAGGAAAAGCCUUUCCUAAGGAAGACAGGAAAGAAGAGGCCCUUGGGGACAGAUGGGCUGGAGGACCCACGGCUGGGGGCUGUGUCCUUGCUGGUGGAACUGCCUCCUGCUGAAGCCAUCCAGGCCAGGCUGCCUGUCACCGUGGUGGGGCUGCUGUUGUCGAUGGACCUGGGUGCAGCUGUGCAGGAUGUGGCCCUGGCCAUGCAGCUCCUGGAGCUGACGGAGCUGGGGGUAGGCAAUACCGUGCAGGUGGUCGCUUAAGAGCUAGGGGUGAGCUUCCACCUUGUGCCCACCCUGUCCUGGCCCCUGCUCUUUCUGCUUCUGGCUGUCACCCACUGGCUCACUGCUGCCCUGCCCUGGGCUUCACCUGCCUUGCAACAACUGCCCCCCUACACUCUGCACCUCCUGCAGGGCCUGCUGGCUAGUCCUGGGACCUUGUGGACAGUGGGCUUUGUGUUCAUUUACAAGCUGGGUGAGCAGGGUGCCAGCAGCCUGUUCCCACCCCUCCUGGUGGACCAGCGCAUCUCCACUGAGAUGGCACUGUGGAAGUGUGCCGUGGCCUGCUCUAUUGCCAGCUCGUUCCUGGGCCUCCUGCUAGCAAGGCACCAAAAGCCACUGUCCCUGCUGAAGUCAAUGCUUCAGUUCCAUCUUGGGGACCUGGCCUGCCAGCUAGCCCUCUUCUUUCAACUGGAUGCCCCUGGGGGCCGACUGGGCCCUGGUACAGUCCUGAGAGGUGAGGGGCUGGCCACAGGGGCCUAACUGAGCCUGUGUCUCCAGCACUUCCUGGGGGGCCUGGUCACAACUGCCACCUUUACUUUGAUGUUGCGUUGCAGUCAACUGGCACCCAAAGUCCUGGCCUGAUUCCUCCUACCCUCCCAGGCCAUACACUACAGCCUCCAGUCCACUCUGGAACUGCCGGGGAAGCUGCUGCUUGGCAUGCCCGCUGGAGCCCUGGCAGACAGCCUGGGGCUGCACCUCUGCUUCCUCCUCUUUCUGGCACUCUCAGCCAUGCCUGCUCUGCACCAUGGCCUGGCUGUGUCUGUCUGGGAUGUGUGGCACACAAGGCUGUUCUCAGACUGCCUGCCGGGGGCCACCCUGCCAGAGAAGAGGAUCCUAAGAAUGACCUGA